AUGGAUGGGAGAAGAAUUGCGAGUGGGGCGCAAGAUGGCAAGAUCAUCAUAUGGGACGCAGAUACGAAGGAGAUCAUCAUUUGUCUGUCGCAUCACACAAACUUGGUCACUUGCAUACGGUUCUCACCUGACGAGAAAAGAAUCGCCUCCGCUUCAGAGGACGGUACACUAAACAUCUGGGAUGUAGAAACAGGGGAACUUGUAUUCGACAUCGAUGAUCACCAAGGCCCAGUAGGGACAGUGGCCUAUUCUCCCAAUGGAACCAAGAUUGCAAGUGGGUCGCUUGAUUGCACGGUUCGCAUUUGGAACGCAACGACUGGCAGGCAGCAAAACCAACCACUAAUCCACGAUAGCCAUGUGUUAUCAAUGGUUUGGUCUGCAGACAGUCGUCGUCUCAUUUCUGCCUGUACUGAUGGCCACAUCUACUUCUGGAGUGCACCGACUGGUGCCCAGCUCGGAUCCCCACUGCAUGCACAUUCCGACGCCAUUGUCUCAUUGGAAAUCUCCCCUGACGGCGAGCUGAUAGCUAGCGCGUCCGCUGAUAGCACUGCUAGGCUGUGGAGCACGGCGACCCACAAACCUUUCGGUCGUGUGCUCCAGCAUGCCAAAAGGGUAUCUGCAAUAGCCUUCUCUCCAAACGGCCAGCUUGUUGCCACAGGCGGCCGGGAAAACAUAAUAUUUCUGUGGGAUAUAUCAGAGGAGUCUGCAUUGAUGAUGAAUGUAGUGUCAGCCUCAUCCGUUUCCCCAGCGUCUAAUAUCAUAAGCUAUAUGGACCAGCCGCCAGCAAGCUCCGAUUUUCUUUCAGCCUCUUCUGCACCAGCACCGGACGAAGUACAGGAUGUAACCGAGUUGCAUGAAAUUCCUUCUCCAGUCCGCACCUCUUCUCCAGUUGAGCUUCCGGACGGAAUUCAAGCUCUUCCAGAAACUACCAACUCGCGCAAUGCAGAACCAUCCCUUUCUCCAUUUUUGUCUUUUGAAAGUUCUUUGCAUCCUCAAAUAGCCACUACCUCGGCUUCCGCUCCAGUCCUGGCGUCACAUCCGAAAUCAUUUUGGAAGCGUUUUCUUAUGUUCAAUAGGUCUGCAUCGUCUGUAGACUCCAAGCGGUGGAAAUUCCCGCGCAUCGGUAGUAUCAUGCAGCGCAAGCAUCGGAAUGUGGAAUCUCAAGCAGUUGCCAAUGAUGCCUAGCACCAAUAGGUCUACGACUUCGGUUUUUAUGUAUUGUCUGGUAUUGUCUUAGUAUCAUAUGAUACUCUUUUGGUUAGCUGUCACCCUUGCCCCUCGUUCUAUGUGUUGUCCCUCCCCUGCCUAUGUAGUCUGGUUGCAACACCUACGUCCUCGACUGCUAUCAGACGUGCGUUCGCGGUCACAAGUGUCCACGGGAAAU